CAUCGCCAGUCAUUCAUCAGACUUGCAAUCGGUAGGUGGACUUGGAAUCGGUGGAAGGGAAAAAAUAAAACAUUUCUCAGCGCAUUCCUUCACAUAAAAUCUUUUUUAUUCUUUGGAUUGUGCACCUUAAUUUUGUGUAUAUGUAUAUUUCAUUUAAAUUGCAAUAAUAAUUACGAUUAAAAGUUUUACCUUCGAGUAUAAUAGUUAUCGUUCGCGUUCGUCUCUACCGUUUUGUGUGUUAAACCAACUGUAAUUAUUUAUUUUGUGUUCUUCUUUCUAAUUCACUUUGUUGAUUUUCACAAAAUGGUCGUUUGAAUUGAAUUUCCUUCCUUUUUGUUUGUGUCAUAUUUUCCAAGUCAAAAAAUAGUUUUUUGUUUUUUAUUUUUAAACAACAUUAAAUCUGUGGGAAAAGUGCUGCUGAAAAAAAAACGACGGAUUCAUUGGAAUUUGAUUCAAUACGAUACCAAAAAGAAAAACAGUUCACGCUUACGUUCAUAGUUUUGUGUUUAUAUGGCUUUGGAAGCAAAAGCAAAAUAAUUUUCGAAAACCGGUUGCUUUCUAAACAUACCACAUUCAAGAAAUACCAACAACAACUAAGAAAAAAUAAUAAACGUACCGCCGCGAACCCUUCUCGUGAUCACCAACAAAACCAACUCCAACUCUACUACCUAUCUACAUUACAUACCUACAUCCGCUGCUGCUGUUGUAGCUGUUGUAGCUGCUGGCUUGUAGAAGCAACAGCUUUUUCCUAAAAGAAUUUCUGUUGUUGGUGCUGGGCUGCCUCUGCUGUGCUGUGUUGUGCUGCUCCUCCUUUUGUCUUGUGUUGAUGGUGUUGCGUCGUCGUCGUCUACCUUGUAUUUUGUUGUUGUUGUUUAUUGUUAGUUUUGUUAUUUGGCAUCUAGUUAAUAUUUUUAAAUUAUUCUGUGAUUUAGCAGAAAUAUUGAAAAACUAUAAAACAUUCAAUCAACUCCAUCGAAUUCCAUUGAAAUACUGGGAAUUAGGACCUUAUUUUUGGAUUAUGUACCAAUUUUGAUAUCAAACUAAGAUAAAUCUUCUAUAUAUACUUAAAGUUAAACGACACACGCUUAUACAAAUGAAAUGUGAAUUCAUAGCAAAAUGAUGUUGAGUACAAUUAAUUCCACUACAAAAAAUAGUUGCAUAAUCAGUAAUAUUAUGACCAAUCACGGAACCCAAUCCAAAGAUGAAGUUGAUUUUGUGCUUCGACCAAAAGCAACAGCAGUUGGCAGUCAGGAUUGGAAAAAGGAAGAUGUUCCAACUGCGGUGGCGGCGGCUGUAGUCGAUCAACAAAAUCACAAUAAAAAGAUUGAAAUUCAACAGAAUGGCCUAAAGAAAACAGUGCUACCAAAUAGAACAAAUUACAACAGCGUUAAUAAUAACAAUAAUAAUAAUGAUGUUAAAGGCAGCUUAAAGGCAUCAUUGUCCAGUUUGGACAGGCUGUCCUUGUUUGCGUUUAGCAAGAAAAUCAAUUAUAAAUCGAGUCCUGGUGUCCUGGUCACAAAUAAUGAUGCGACACAAAUGAACGAUACCAAAUUGCAAACCACACUUAUAGGUACUAUGCCUCAAGAUGCACAAAACUGUGGGAACAAUAACCAUCAUAAGUUCGUGAAGGCUGCUUCGAUAGCUAGGCUUCUCGGGAACACCUACAAUACAAAGAAAUUUGAGAAGGAAUUAUCAGCAGCCUCUGCUGGCGGUGGUGGAGGUGGUGGUGAUGUGAAAACAAAAUUCAAUACAUUUUCUGGUGGACGGCGAAGAACUAAUGCGCCUUAUAUGGAAAGAUUUAAAAAGUACUGUAAGGAAGAUGAAGAUCUACCUGAUAUUGGAAGUGGUUGUCAUGGGAGUGGUAGUGGCAGUGGUGGACUGGGUUCUAUGACAAGUUUAAGUGUUAGUAAUAAAGAUGUGGCAGCUCUUAAUUUGGAGAAUUUCCAUGACAGCAACAAGGACUUAAGUGUGAAAGCUUUUCGAACAAUUUCCCGCGGGCUGGGCAAAUUGUGGUGGAAGAGGACGCACAGUGUAGACAUAAGUAAUCCAGAUCCGGAGUUUAAGGUCUCCUAUUUGGGCAAUGUGCUCACUGGCUGGGCUAAAGGAGAAGGUUGCGUUGAAAAGCAAUUGAACACCCUUUGGCGCAACUAUCAACAAAAUAACAAACCCGAUGUGAUAAUGCGAAUUAAAGUUUGCGCUUCUGGACUGAAAGCAACAACACGACAACACGGACUAACCGAAUACUGGGCGAAUCGGAUAACUCAUUGCUGUGCUCCAAAAAACUUUCCGCGCAUAUUCUGCUGGAUUUACAGACAUGAAGGUAGAAAACUCAAACAUGAAUUACGUUGUCAUGCAAUAUUGUGCAGCAAAGAGAAAGUUGUCCAAGAAAUCUGUAGUACCUUAAAAGAAAAUUUAGAUCGCGCCUUGAGAGAUUUUAAACGAGAGAAAAUUCUAAAACAGAACGCCAGAUUAAGUUUGGCUAAUUCGGCCUAUGACAAUCCAAGUCUACCUAGAAGGAAAAUACUCCUUUCUGUAGGUGGAAAUAAUUACAGACCGCCUUUAGAGCGGUCAAAGUCUGCACCAAAGCUAAUGGCGAUCGAAGAAGCGAUCGGAGAGGAAGACGGUGAAGAUGUUGAAGAAACAAAUGAACCAGAAAUGAAAGCCUGCUGCCAGAAAGAUUCCCUGUAUCCAGCUAUGACUUUGGGAAGACGAAGAUGCAGACGUGGUCAUUCCAUAAGACGUACCGGGAAAACAAGACCGAAUUUUUGUGAAGCAUUUGAUAAUAUUAAUGGCAGUAGUAAUGGAUGCUGUAAUACCAAAGAAAACAUCAAAGAUACAACGAAAAAAGUCGACGAAGUUAAAACUGACGAAAGUAAAAAAUCAGUAGAUUUGGGCUCCGACGAAGACGAUUAUGAGAAAUUGUUGAUCUUCAAUAAUUACGACACAGAUUCACCUCUAGCUGGGGAACUGCUUCCAUAUUUUGACCUGCAGAUGAUAAAGAGCACGAACAGUACGAGUUUAACAGACCUCACAAAUAACUUAGACGAUGAUCAUGACCAUGCUUCCAAUGAAGAAGAACAUAAUCAUGCGGAAGAUGCUUUGGUAGAGGAACAUCCAAAUUAUCAGCCCUCUGGCGGUCAUCUCGAAGAAACCGAGAUAUCCUGUCAGAACAUAAUCACAGGGCUUUGUAGUGACGACGAUGACGAGGAAGAGCUUUCAACGGAUGAAUUAUUUUUCCGACAAGCUAGUAUAUUGAAUAUGCUUCAUCGAAAUUCUAUGAGAAAAAUACAACAUCUUUCGAUGAGCAGCGAAGAAAGCUCAUUGGAAAAUCAAGGAACAAGUGGUGUUGCUCCAGUGAUAGCCAAUCGUAAGCAGCUUUCAAUGGAUAGUGAUGAAGGAUCCAUAUCGAGUGGGUGCGAAACUGCUAGCACAGUGACGGCAAAUGCUGAUGAUGUUUCACUUAAGUUUCGUCAUGUUCAACAAUUACAAAGAAAUCCAACAAUAAGUUACUCAUCUACAGAGGGACCUUUAAUAUCUGAAGGACCCGUUGAAGAGGAGAAUUGCCAAAGAAACUCAAAUGAUGAGCUUUUUCGCUCGAAAAUCUCUCUAAAGCUUCGACAGCCUAAUUCGCCAUUCAAAGAAAGAAGCACCCGACUUAAACCAAAAACUGAUCGCGAUGGCUCAGAUUCAGAAUGCAGUGAUGAAUCUGGCUAUGUAGAAUAUCAGGAUGUAAAAAAGACAAACAGUAACAACUCCAGUAGUCAGCGGGCGAGUACGAGUACGAGUACAAGUACCGCAGUUUAAAACCAUUUUACUUAUACUUGUCAUAAUGAUGACGGUUAAUUUUUUCAUUUAAAGAAGUUAUUUCAACACAGAUUUUAUUUUAACCAAUGUCUGGGUUUAUCAUUGAUGGAUGGUUUGUUUAUGAUGUA